GAGUCGUCUAUAAAAAGAACCACCAACCUGCUUGAUCUUAGAAAAGUCCCAAAGAAACAGUUCUUGGCGGCUUGACACUAUGAGUUUCCUUGCUUUGCUUAUGGUGGUUGCGCCAUUAUCAUCUCUUCUAGCUCUAGCAGCAGCCCAAGAUAGGCUUCGCUGCCCUGAUCGCUGUGGAAAUGUAACCAUUCCAUACCCUUUUGGCUUAGCAGGGUGUAAUCAAAGCCCGGAGUUCCUCAUCACCUGCAGCUACAGUUUCAGCCCUCCGGUGACAUUUCUGAGGACAUCAAAAUUCAAGGUCACAAACAUACAUCUAGAUGGCAAGUUGGAAAUCUCUAGACUAGUAUCUCAAGAUUGCUAUAAUAAGUCGGGCACACGGAAUCCUGUAGGAUCCCGCCGACAUAGUCUCAGUUUGUCAAAUUUCACCAUCUCAAAAUCUCAAAACAAGUUCACUGUUAUUGGCUGUGACAGUUACGGAUACCUUGAAGGGUUCAGAGAUGGGAAAUUGUAUAGCUCAGGGUGCAUGUCUCUCUGCGCUGAACGUGAAUUCGUGGACGAAGACUCUUGUUCCGGCAGUGGGUGUUGCCAGAUAGAGAUUCCUGACGGACUUUAUCAUGCAAAUGUAACUGCAUAUAGCUUUAACAACCAUACUAAUGUUUCGGAUUUCAAUCUCUGCACUUAUGCGUUUAUUGUAGAAGAUAGCAAAUUUAAUUUCUCCUUCAAAUACCUUGAUAAUAUAUCGAACACUACAGAAUUCCCAGUGGUGCUUGAUUGGUCUAUCAAGGAGAACGGCACAAGCGCCUGUAAGGAGCAUGCUCAAAGUUAUAAGCCACCUGACAACGUUCUUGGGUAUCUUUGUAAAUGCAAGUCGGGUUACCAGGGCAACCCAUACGUAGGAUGCGAAGAUAUCAAUGAAUGCAAAAAUGAACAUCAGUGCACCGGCAAAUGCACCAACACGGAUGGAAACUAUACAUGUUCUUGUCCCAAGGGAUACCAUGGAGAUGGAAGAAAGGAUGGACAAGGUUGCACGCGCAAUCAACUGUCUCUUGUUAAAAUCAUUCUAGGUAUCGGCAUAGGCUUUACAGCCUUGGUUGUUGCUGCCUCCUGGCUCUACUUGAUCUUCAGGAAAAGAAAGCUCAUUCAGCUUAAGGAAAAAUUCUUCAGGCAAAAUGGUGGCGCCGUCUUACAACAGAAACUAUCUAGACGAGAAGGAACCCCUGAUACAGCAAAAAUCUUCACAGCAGAGGAGUUGAAGAGGGCCACUAGAAACUAUGACGAGACUACAAUCAUUGGCAAAGGAGGUUUCGGUACUGUUUAUAAAGGAAUUUUAACAGAUAAUAGAAUAGUUGCCAUCAAGAAAUCAAUAACAGUUGAUCAAAACCAAAUUGAUCAAUUCAUUAAUGAAGUGGUGGUGCUGUCUCAAAUUAACCACAAGAAUGUGGUCAGGCUCUUGGGUUGUUGUUUAGAGACGCCAGUGCCUUUACUAGUUUAUGAAUUCAUCACCAAUGGCACACUCUUCGAUCACAUACACAAUGAAAGCAAUGGGUUAUCAGCACUUUCUUGGCAGAUUCGUCUAAAAAUAGCAACAGAAACUGCAGGAGCAUUGUCUUAUUUGCAUUCUGCAGCUUCAGUGCCAAUCAUCCACAGAGAUGUGAAGACCACUAACAUCCUCUUAGAUGCUGAUUACACAGCAAAAGUGUCUGAUUUUGGAGCUUCAAGAUUGGCUCCAAAGGAUGAAGCUCAGUUAUCAACAGUGGUGCAAGGAACUUGGGGAUACUUGGACCCAGAAUACCUGCACACAAAUCAGCUGACUGAUAAGAGCGACGUCUACAGCUUCGGAGUAAUACUUGUGGAACUACUCACAAGCAUGAAGGCACUUUGCUUCGAUCGUCCCGAGGAAGAGAGAAGUGUGGCUAUGUUUUUUCUUUCUUCCAUGAAAGGAGGAAAAUUGUUUGAGGUUGUUGAUUGUCGUAUCAUAAAUCAAGGAACAGAAGAGCAGAUUAAGGAAGUGGCGAGGCUAGCUGGGCGAUGCUUAAGACUAAAAGGGGAGGAGAGGCCAUCUAUGAAGGAAGUGGCAAUGGAAUUAGAGGGACUGAGAAUGAUGGAAGUGCAUACAUGGGAUGCAGAGAACCCAGAAGAGACAGAGCUCUUGCUUAGUGAGAAAAACAAAGAUUUUGGUCAUGGAGAUAGUACCAACGCAAGUGCUGCGUAUGAUAGCAUUCAAAGCCAUGCAAACUUAUCACUGGGUGAUGGUAGAUGAUUUUGAGUUUUCUGUGUGUGUUUUAUGUCCAUUAUCUGCUUGUGAUAAAAUGACCAUCUGCUUUUUACUUGUCUCUGUUCUUCAACUUGCAAUAAUAAUUUGAAGUUUUUAUGUAUUUAUUUAUUCAUUC